AUGGCCAAGCGCACAGUCAAGAUGGGCGUGAUGGGGCGCUACGGUGCCCGCUAUGGUGCCAACCCCCGCAAGCGCGCCAAGAAGCUCGAGGUCUCGCAGCACGCUAGGCACUUCUGCUCCUUCUGCGGCAAGUUCGCAUUCCGCCGCAAGGCUGUGGGCAUCUGGCGCUGCGACGGCUGCAGUAAGACGGUGGCGGGUGGUGCAUACACGCUGAGCACACCCAACAACAGCACCGUCCGCUCAACCGUCCGCCGCCUUCGCGAGCUGAAGUAG